AUGUUAUCCAACGAUGUUUUUCAACGGCUUCUGUACGAUCUGUUCUGCCUUUGGCACGGAGUACAGAGACAUUAUGAUCCUCCAAUCACCGAUACUGAAGAGCAGAGAUUAGCCAAAGUUAAAACCAUGAUUUGUAAGCUUCUCGGAGAAAUAGACGCAAGAGUUCAACGUAUAAAGCAAAAUGUGUCACAAGAAGAAAGAGGACAAGACUUUUAUGAAGAAUGGACUAUGCUUACAUGGAAUGUUUUAUGUAUAACAAGUAGAUUACAAAGCAGUUCUUCUCAGUUUGAAGUUACUGUCUCAAAUGAAGAUCGUGUCAUAUACUCACGACUCAAUCAAGCUUUAGUUGAUUUGGUGAACUACUCCAGAGAGUUUUUACCAUUCAGAGGAGAUCUUCAAGACCAAGAAUACUUGAACCUGAAAGAUAAAUUCUCUGUUACUAUGCAUGCUUUGCAUACACUUUACAGAGCUAUGAAUCAAGGCCACUUCCAGAACCAUCGAAGUAUUGAAGAGUUUCACCACAACCUCCGCUGCUUCGGUGAUGAAAUGUUAAUUCCAUGCAUUGACGAGUUUAAAUCAUAUUGUAACAAGCAGAGCAAUAAGCUAUGGCAGUCGGUGAGACAGGCCCAAAUUUCAAGAAUGAAAGAUUUGCAAACGUCACCUGAUGAUGCUAUUUCUCGACUUGUUGCUUUUUACUCGGAAAUGAUGUAUGUAUUGGCUGUUCUAGGAGCUAGGCUACAGGGUUUCCGAUAUGAUCUGAUGAUAAAUAAGAAAGUUUUUGGUAGCUUCGACCCUGUGCAACACCAAUCCGAAGUAGUUUUCUCGGCGCUUGAGCUUCUGAUGGCUGACUGUGUUUUGUCCACAGAACCAUCAACAAAUGCUAUUCUAGUGACAAACAAUUUGUUCAGUAUGAACUGUGGUGCUUUGGCCAGAGGAGUUGUAUUCAAAGACUUUGAGAUACAAGUUGUUUCGGAAGAAACUGCUGAACACAUUCAGGGGGAAAUGGCACGACAACGCAUGAUGCAGCAACCGUCACCCAUAGGGCUGGCUCCUUCCGCAGCUCUGCUAGCGAUGAAGCCGACUUCUGGAACAAAGCGAAGCAACGCAGCUAGUAAUUCAGACCCGAGCAAUACAGCUCACAAGAAAAGUGAUGUAAACAGUAAAGAGAGCGUUACCAUCUAUCCGAAAUAUAAUUUCAAGAACAGAUAUUGGGCAGCUAUGUAUCCGCAUUUGUUAUGUACAACAAGGCAAAAAGGCAGACAAUCAACUCAUAAUUCAUAUCAAGAUCUUUCUCCAACUGCUCAAAUAGACAAAUCCAAUGGAAAACGUCCUAUUUUCUAUUUCCAUAUAAAGGCAACUAUGUUCAGUCCAUCGGGUCGAUUUGCAAGUGCUCAUACUCUCUCAUUGCCCUUCACAAUAGCGACUCGAAGAAACCAAGAUUGUCAGGUGCAGAGAAUGAUGUCCUCAUAUACUGCCACAAUUUUCUGGUUGUACGGUUGUAACCAGCAAGAUGGUUUACUGCUGCAAUGGGUUGAUACUGGAAUGGGAUGGGAACAUUUCAAACAUUUGUACAAACAACACUUCAAAGUAAACGCUGAUGUUCAAAGAGCUCUAAUGGAUGAAGACUUCGAUCUUCUUCAAUACAAGUUGCAAUGCCCAGAUUGUGCUUCAGGAGAUGGUGCUCGAGUAAAUGGAGUACAACAAAUUGUAACAUUUAAAAACGUUCUUUGUCCCCACUUACGUUACGAAUGUGGAAGUACUAAUGUCCGCUUUUCGGUGUGGAGAGGUAUGCUGGAGUUACUGCAGAUUUUCCAUGACACUAGAAAUAAUGUGAAAAAACUGUGGGAGAUAGGCUUACUCCUUGGUUUUCUGGAAUUUUCCGAUGUCGACAAGAAGCUUGAACGUCAUAAGUCUGCUCUUAUCAUGCGUUUAUCUUUUGUGACUGGAGGAACAAUCUGCUUCACGGUUAAAUCGACUGCUCACACUCUAGACUCUCAAUCGACGAGACCUAUCCAUUUAGAGCCUUUGGAUUUGAAGAAACUCCAAACCAAGUGUUUGAAAGAUUAUUUACGGGAUAUAGCAGAUGCAGAAAAGGUGAAAUACAUAGUAAACUCAUCUGAUGAGGUAGUCCGUAUAAGUGAUGUUCUUAUGCAACUAGGAGACUCUCGUGUGUCCAAUGGAGAAAUAGAAAGCCGCGAUAUCAGUAGUAAUGUUACUCAUUCGGGUGAUAUUGAUUCUAUGCAGCACAUAAAGUUUACCGCUAUGAGAAUCGCGGUCGUCACAUGUAAAGUUAAACCACCAUCAGCUGAUUUGCUGGAAGUAGACGUUGAACGUCAAUCAUCUCGUCCUUCAGCCCUGCUACCUUCCCUGCAAGAUGAUUUCGUAAGAGAGCUUGUUCAGCUAGCGAACUUUCACGGCAAGUCGCGCCAGGAAGCAAUCGAUUCUCUCGAGAUGCUCUCUGAUGACUACUUCGCUACAAUGGGAUCUGCAGCGACUACCCCUGCUACUAUACGCAGUACUUAUUUCAAUAAUUUGCCACCAACUACACCUCCAAUCUCAAAUUUAAUUCAUCACUCUUCUCUAUCUCCAAAUCCAUCAAUGCAAUCUCUUCCUUCCCCAACAAGUAACUAUACUCCCAGUUAUGAAUUCAAUACUCAGUCACAUUCCUUCAGCAAAGAAGUGAAGUAUUAG